GCAGGGCAGGACGCCCCGUGCGCCCCUUCCCCCGCCCCGCGGCAAUGGGGCCGCAGGGCUGUCCCGGGUCGGGGCCACGUCUGCACUGCUAGACGUCGCUCGAGUCCGCCUCCCCGCCCCCGCGUGCGGCCCAUUGCAGAGCUGGGCGCAGCGAGGCCGGGACGUGGGCGCGUCGCCCGGUUAUUCUGCGCGGUGACGCCAUUCCUACGUAGGCGGGCGCUCCGUGACGUUGCAGCCCUCUGGGGCUGGAACAGAGCGCUUUUCCCUUCGUGCAACUGAGGAGAUGUAAGAGGGAAAAGCUUUGCUACAUAGAUUCUUUGGCAGCAGAUGAGUUCUUUUUUACUGUUAACUGAAUUCAUAUAUCAUCCUAUGAAGAAAAGCUUCCAGAAAACAUGCCUGUUUUGCUUUAUGUGUUUAAAAAAUGUCUGAUAGGAAAACUGUUAUACACAGAGCCCAUGCUAUUGAGAAGCUACUCUCUGAGAACAAUUAUCAAGAUAUUGAUAAUCACCUCAUAGAGCUUGAAGCUCUUGAUAGGACUACAGAAUACCUUCACGAGACUGAUGUUGCCAAAGCUGUGUAUAGAGUACUCAAGAAUUGCCCUUCAACAGGAUUGAAAAGGAAAGCAAAGAACUUACUAUCAAAAUGGAAAACAGUUUACACAAGUAGUUGCUUUCAGUCAAUACAGAGUAAAAAGUCAGUUUUGGGGAAUGUGAAAGAGGACAGUAAACACUUCAGUGUAACUGUAGGGGCUUCAGAAGAACUGACUGAACAGAACCCAUUAAACCCUGAUGAUUCUAAGAGUUUUCUACUGUCACAAAACCUUCCAAUAUGUAACGAACCAAAAAGCCAUACAGAUCAGCAGCAGCUUUUAGAAGAACAGUGCUCUAGUAAUGAAGAUGCUACACCUGUUGUUAAUACAACAAGCUCACCACAAGAUCAUGUGGAGGUCAUGAGGUCUAAAUGCACAGAACUUCUUUAUAAAGCCUUGACUGAGUCUGUCCUAAGCCAAGAAGAAACCAAUAAGUUGCAAAAAUUAGCCAAAGAAAUUGAAGAGCAUAUUUUUGUUCUGCAUACUAAAAAUGACAAAAAGUACAAAAAUUGUAUCAGAAGCAAAGUGUCUAACUUGAGGAAUCCUAAAAGUUCCCACUUAAAACAUAACCUGUUUUCAGGGAUUUUGAAUCCAAAAGUUUUUGCUGAGAUGACAGUGAUGGAAAUGGCCAGUGAUGAACUGAAGCAGCUCAGGGCUUCAUACACAGAAUCGUCUGUUCAGGAACAUCAGCUUCCCCAAGUCAUUAGUGGUACACAGACAAACAAAAUCAAAUGUAGGCGCUGUGAAAAAUUUGACUGUACUGUCACAAUGAUUGCUAGGGGAACUCUCUUUCUUCCUAGUUGGGUGCGAAAUGCAAAUCCAGAUGAACAAAUGAUGACUUAUGUUGUUUGCAAUGAAUGUGGAGAACAAUGGUACCACAGCAGAUGGGUUUGUUUGUAAUUAUUUAUCUUUAAGGAAUGACUUAGGAGUGAAAAUGUAAAAAUGUAUUAAAUUACUGAGACAAAAACAAUGUAUUUUUGGAAUUACUUACAUGCGCAUUAAAAUGUUAAUAAAGUAGUGCCAGUAGA